AUACUUGCUAAUCCAAAAUUGCGACGGCAUCUUGGCUAUGAUACACUUCUCCUGCUAGGAAUAUUAAUGAAUUACAGAAAAUAUGACACAUCCAAUGUAUAUUUGCUAAAGCUGUCUGCGCUUGAUGAUGAAGUAGCUCUUCGUGGUAUGGGAGCAAUCCUGUAUAAUAUGUUGUCCAAUAGAUGCAGCGAUUUCGAAAAUUCUGUCGUUGAAAAUUCCGGAGGAAUGCUUUCACAAAUAACUGGUCUGAUUGGUAGUCUAUUCGUAAGCGAAGAUUCCGAUAUUGACUACAGUUUAAGAACAAAUGAAGGAUUAAUAUUAGCCUUGUAUCAAGUCAUUCAUCAAAACCGAAAUUUCAUGACUGUCCUGUGCCAUAGUCACGAUAAAUCGUCCAAUGAAGAAGUUCCCAAAUACUCUACUCCUUUAGUAGUACCACAGCUUGGAUCUUUAGAUUUAAUGACUGAGUUUAUUGCAAGUCAUCUGGUAAAAAAGUUACCCACGGAUCUUUACGGAUUCGCAGUAGGUAUAAUCCGUCGUUUGAUCAGUUAUCAAAAGAAGCACAGGAUACGUUUGAAUUACGAUUGGCAGCCUCUUUGGACCGCUCUCAUCUACUUAAUAAAAUUUCUACUUAGCAAUGAAGCAACUUUAAUCGCUAAAGCUGACAUCUUUGCAACUAUAUUAGAGGCAUUAACCAUAUUCAACUUGUUCAUCACAUAUGGUGAUACAUUCUUACCUAAUCCAAAGGAAUAUGAUGAGCUUUAUUAUGAAAUUAUUAGAAUGCAUCAAGUGUUUGAUAACGUUCAUUCUAUGUCUUUACGUCAUACAAAUGAAAAUGGUAUUUGGAAAGAAUCAUCUACAAAAGUAACUCGCGCUCUUGUCAAUAUUAGGUCAAUCAUCAGCCACUUUACAUUGAAAAUCGACUAUUUCUCUGCCUCACAUGAUGGUCAAAGUCUCACUUCAGAACAGGUACUAUCUGUAGUUCGAAACAAUUAUGACAGUCUUACCUUAAAACUACAAGAUUCUUUGGACCAGUUUGAAAGAUAUGCGGAAAAGCCAAAACAUACAUCAUUUUUCACUCAACUAGUUCGAUCAAUCACUUCAGCUGUCCGUAGAACAAUUCCAUUAGCAAAUCUUGACUAUCAGCUGCUAUUAGAAGAAUAUUCCAGCUUGGAAACGGAUCGUUAG